AUGCAGUUAAAGCGAGCGGUGCUAUCACUGGAAAGGAAGAUUGCGAAGAAUCAGGAGAUGAGAGUGAAACAUGCAGAUGAACCAACAAGAUUCCUAGACAGUGAGGUGGAACUCUACGAGGACAUCAACAAGCUUCAAGCACUCGCAACGGCACCAGAGCUUUAUGGAGAGUUCGUGAAGCUGAACGCCGUGCAGAAGCUCUCCGAACUUCUGGAUCACGAGAACGUUGACAUAACUUUGGCCACAAUUGAGCUGAUGAACGAGCUCACGGACCCUGAUGCUCUGGGAGAGAUGGAAUCUGAAGAUUGCUUGAAGGACCUGGUCAACUCCUUGGUUGAAAACGCGUUCCUAGAGUUGCUGGCGAAGAACUUAGCAAGAAUCGACGAGGGCGAGGACGAUGGAAGACAAGGGAUAUAUAACGCACUCUCCAUCAUCGAGAACUUGAGCGAGCUUCAGCCGCAUGCCCUGGAGGCGAUCUGUGACAAGACAGAAUUGGUUCCAUGGUUGUUCAAAAGAUUGCGCGUCAAGACCUUCGAUCAGAACAAGCUGUACUGCAGCGAGAUCAUCUCGAUAUUAUGCCAGCAGAAUCAAGAAAACCAGAAGAAGAUCGGCUCGGACGGUGGGAUGGACAACCUGCUCCAGUUGACUUCUUCGUGGAAGAAGAAGGAUCCUAAGGACAGCGAUGAAUCUGAAAUGAUCCAGAAUCUCUUCGACUCCAUCUGCUCUUGCGUCAUGGUGCCAGAGAACCUGGCUGCAUUUGUCGAGGGGGAGGGAAUCGAACUGAUGGUUAUCAUGCUUCAAGCUCGAAAGUUUGCUGCUCGCUGUGCAUUGAAGGUGCUGGAUUAUUCUCUUUCAAGAAGCAAUGCCGCCUGCGAAAGAUUUGUGAAUGCUGCCGGCCUCAAAACACUCUUCCCAGGGUUUCUCAAGCCUCAAAGCAUUCUGGUAAUCUCGGAUGAUGAUCAUCGCGCGCAGUGA